UUCCGUUCCUUCAGCAAUGACGACCGCCACGUCAUGGCAAAGCACUCCACCAUCUACCCGUCCUCUCACGACUUGGAGGCGGUUCAGACGCUGGUAUCCAACGUGGAGUGCGCCCUCAAACACGUCUCGGACUGGCUGGAUCAGACGAGCUCGGAGGUUCCCGACCAGCUCGAUAGUCAAGCGGCCGACGGCAAGGAGGAGGAGGAACCUACUGAGGAAGAUGAGGGGACCAGUGCCAGCACCAGUGGAAGAGUGCUGUGUGGAGUGAUGAGAAUUGGCCUGGUUGCCAAAGGUCUACUCAUAAAAGGAGACAUGGACCUGGAGCUGGUGUUGAUGUGCAGAGACAAACCCACACAGACGCUACUCCAUUCUGUCUGCCACAAUUUACCCGGGCAAAUAGAGAAGCUGACAGAGGAAAAAUACGAGGUCACGAGCUCACCGUCUGAAGCGGCCAUCCUGGUACGGGCUACAACCGAGCCCAAACUCACACUGAAAAUCACCCUAACCUCUCCGGCCAUGAGAGAUGACGAGGAGGAGGAGGAGGAGGAGGAUGAAGAGGAGGAGGGGGAGGAGCAGGAGGAGGAGGAAGAGGGAGAGGUGCUGGAUAGACACAGAUGUCUGUUGGCCCUGGCAGCGCUGCGACACGCCAAGUGGUUCCAGGCUCGAGUGAAUGGACUCAAGUCCUGCGUUAUCGUUCUCAGGAUACUCCGAGACAUGUGCAAUCGACAACCCGCAUGGGAACCUCUUAACGGAUGGCCUUUGGAACUUAUCUGCGAGAAGGCCAUUGCCACUUGCAACAGACCUCUCGGGGCAGGAGAAGCCUUGCGUCGGGUGAUGGAGUGUUUGGCUUCUGGCAUACUGCUACCAGGCGGUCCAGGUUUACGUGACCCGUGCGAGAAAGAGCCCACAAACACAUUAGUCAACAUGACGGUCGAGCAGGCCGAGGCCAUUACCUACAGCGCGCAGCACGCUCUGAGGCUCAUGGCAUUUGGACAGAUCAGCAAAGUGCUGGAGAUGGAGCCUCUUCCGUCAAAUAAACCAUUGCAGAAAUACCCCUGGUGUGACAAAGAAGGCUUCGGUCUGAAAAGGCCAUACGACGAAGGAAUGAUGGAUGACAAGGACCUCAUCAAGAAGAUGAAGAGGAACCUUAGAAGAGUUCUUGACAGUAAAGCCAUAGACUCCAACCAGCCAAUGAAUGCCCUGAUGCGGUUGAACCAGAUCCGUCCAGGGCUGCAGUAUCGCCUGCUGUCCCAAUCGGGCCCGGUUCACGCCCCCGUUUUCACAAUGUCGGUGGACCUGGAUGGAACUGUUUACGAAGCAUCGGGGUCCUCCAAAAAGACCGCCAAACUCCAUGUCGCUGUCAAGGUUCUCCAGGCGAUGGGUUACCCGACUGGUUUUGACUCAGACCUAGACCCCAUGAGCUCAGAUGAGAAGUCCGAUGGCGAGGGAAAGAGCGAGACGUCGUCGCACACGAGCAAUAAUGCAACGCACUCCUCGGAAAGCUCCAACACACUGGAGGUGCGAACUCAGGGCCCCAUAUUGACGGCGAGCGGGAAGAACCCUGUCAUGGAACUAAACGAAAAAAGGCGAGGUCUCAAGUAUGAGCUCAUCUCUGAAAGCGGAGGCAGUCAUGAUAAGCGCUUUAUCAUGGAGGUGGAGGUGGACGGGCAGAAGUUCCGUGGGGCGGGCCCCAACAAAAAGGUAGCAAAGGCCAGCGCUGCUUUGGCAGCACUGGAAAAACUCUUCUCCGGCCCCAACGCUGCUGCAAACAAGAAGAAGAAGCUUCUGCCUCAGACCAAAGGAGCGCUGGCUGCGGCGGCCGCAGCCUCGGCGGUGGCGGCGCAGGUAGCUCGAGGAAGAGGGAGAGCUACCCUCGCAAGGGGAGCCUUUGUCAGCGCCGCCGCACCGGGAUACGUUACGCCAGGCUUCGGAACGCCGUACGCCUACAGCCCCGCCGCCGCCGCAGCUGCUCCUGCUUACGGUUUGGCCAAGAGAAUGCUUCUGUUGCCUGUCAUGAAAGUACCCACCUACCCCAUGCCCCACUACCACUUCUUUUAG